UUAGUCACUUUUAGCGCGUAAUUAGCGUUGCAUUUAAUUUGUGUUAAAUCGCAUGAUGUACUGGCAGUUGAAAACGUUACUGUUCCUUAUGGCGCUACUCUGUCUCGGCGGUGUGGGGCAGGUGGCAGCAUGGAUGGCGUUCGGAAACUAUCAUAAUCCCGCGCAUGCUGGCAAAUGCACCAUUAGUGAAACAAUCGUCAUUGCGCCGGGCGAGAAAGUGAAAUCGCCGGAGACGUGCGCCGAAAUACAUUGCGGCAAUGAAAAGGGUGACGCCACGAUCACUGGUUGUGUUUCGAUUGGCGCUCCAGAUGGCUGCGAAUGGGGCGAUUAUGUGAAUGAAAAAGCGGACUUUCCUGCGUGUUGCGCUCAAUAUUUGAACUGUGUUGGCGGUUUGAACAAUGAAACACAAAGUUAUCAAGAAAAUAUUUGGGCUAUGUUUUCGCCAGAUUUAAAAAUUUCCGGUCUAGAGGGUGCUGCUGAAGCGAAAGGGCAGUGAAAUAAACGGCGUUACCGUUAUAAAAAAAAUUAAAAGAAAAAUAUACUUAAGUUUAAUUAAUAAUUGUUAACUGAUUUUAUUAACACACUCAACA